UUAUUGCUGCUCUUGAUGCGUAUUCGCCAUACGUAUUCCAUCGGUCGCACAGCUCACACGUAGUCGGUUGAACGUUAAAGUGUCCCCAGCACCAGGUCUCUGACUAAUUCCAAUCAGUUGUUCAAAGAGAGUUUAAAGACAGAAAAAAGCCAAAAUGUCGUUGAAAUCGAAAUUGAUGCAGGAAAUUGCUGAGCCUUUGGCCUCUUCGGGUAACAAGGUCACCAUCGUCGGAAUCGGCCAGGUCGGUAUGGCCUGCGCCUUCAGCGUUCUGACUCAGAGCGUUUCCAGCGAGGUGGCCCUCAUCGACGUCAACCCGGACAAACUGCAGGGAGAGAUGUUGGAUCUGCAGCAUGGUUCGUCCUUCAUGAAGAACGCCCAAAUUCAGGCUAGCACAGAUGUUGCCGUUUCGGCCGGAUCCCGCCUGAUUGUCAUCACUGCCGGUGUCCGCCAGAAGGAAGGCGAAAGCCGUCUGAACCUGGUCCAGCGUAACUGCGACAUUCUGAAGGGAAUCAUUCCGAAGCUGGUCGAACAGAGCCCGGACUGUAUCCUGUUGGUCGUGUCCAAUCCCGUUGACAUUCUCACCUAUGUGGCCUGGAAGCUUUCCGGUCUGCCCAAGAACCGUGUCAUCGGUUCCGGUACCAAUUUGGAUUCCUCCCGUUUCCGUUUCCUCAUGUCCCAGCGUCUGGGAGUUGCCCCGACCUCCUGCCACGGAUGGAUUAUUGGUGAGCACGGAGACAGCUCGGUCCCAGUCUGGUCCGGAGUCAACGUGGCUGGUGUCCGAUUGGCUGAAAUUAACCCAGCUAUCGGAACCGCUCAGGAUGACGAAAAAUGGGGAGAUCUGCAUCAUGAGGUCGUCAACAGCGCCUACGAGGUCAUCCGGCUGAAGGGCUACACUUCCUGGGCCAUCGGUCUGAGCGUGGCUUCGCUGGCUUCGGCUCUGCUCCGAAACACCUACAACGUUCAUGCCGUUUCGACUCUGGUCUCGGGUGAACACGGUAUUUCCGAGGAAGUUUACCUCUCGCUCCCGUGCGUUCUGGGUCGCAACGGAGUCUCGCACGUCGUCAAGCAAAUCCUCACCCCCGAGGAAACCAAGAAACUGCAGGACUCUGCCCGCAUCAUGGCCGAAGUUCAGGCCGGAAUUAAGUUUUAAAAUAAAUAGCAAAACAACAACAACAAAAACUAGCCGCUAAGCAUUAACCCUCCUCUCUUAUUUAACGUCUAGCUCACUAAACAUGUUAUGAAAAAAAAAAUAUUAUUAUAAAAAUAGUCAAACAAUGCCUCACACUUUAUGAAGGAACUCACAAAACGCCAUGCACGCCCCAAAAUGUCUUUGAUGUUUACUCCUCCAGGCGCAAGGAAAUUUAAAAUCUUUGUGCAAUCUAAUGAUAGAAAGUAUUAAGGUUAGCUAAUGUUAUAAUAAAUAAAAACAAAAAAAUCUCUUUUGUUUUAUUUUCCUGGAACUCGAUUUUCCAAUUUUGUUAGAAAAAAUCAAAUAAGCAAAUGAAUGAACAAAAACAAAAUUUGGAAAUUAGACAGCUACAAACACGCCCUACCUCAAAAACGCAUUUGCAAAAGACGAUUCGGCUCCUGGGAAGAAUUGGAACAAAAUGUCGUUUAUUAUUGAUAAACUUUUUUCAACAUUUCACACCAAAUUCAAAACUGUCGUAAGUAGUCAAAACUAAUCAAACAGGCCGGAGAAACAUUGUCGUUGGAGUAGAACAUUGUCACGUAAAGUACACGGAAAGUAAAAUUGCACUGAAAUAUCUAGUUUAGCAUUUGGGAGAAGUAUGACAAACCACAAUCUCGUAGUUCGAAGCAAAUUCGAUAGCGUUUGAUCUGGUAUUUG